AUGGUCGUCACUAGUGACAACGUACACUUAGCACCGGAAAUUCAUAUGCAACAUGAGCCGCUUUUAUCAGAAUUCAACAUCUUUGACGACCGGACGAGAUACUUUAAGCAGAAGAGACCCGCCAUGACGAAAUGCAUCAACAAAUGGAUAGUGCUUGCAACAGCUGUCCUUGUGAUUACCAUAUUUGCGGCUUUCAGCUUGGCCCACACCACGGAUACAAGUGACGCCAGCACGGCUGCUAGCACAGAUAAUAAAAAACCGGACCCAUUACUGGUUGAGACAAAGCAUGGGCGAGUGAGAGGUUUUUACAGGGAUGAAGUUCGAGUCUUUCAUGGGGUUCCGUACGCGCAGGACCCCAGUGGUGAUAGGAGAUGGCUGCCGCCGAUCGAGCCCAAGCCAUGGUCUGAUAUUUUUGAUGCCACAAAGAUUCCACCCGGUUGCCCUCAAGCCUGCGACAUCCCUUUGUUUUGUUCAAACCAGAGCUCAGAAAAUUGCCUGUUCUUGGAGAUUUACACCCCUUUACCCACUGAAAAUCUGGUUGAGGUUCUAGUCUACCUUCACGGAGGAGGCUUCAGGGAUGUCACCUCAACAGUUCCCAUUUUUGACCCAACAAAACUCGUUCAGAUAUCGGGAAUAAUUGUCGUAAAAGUUGAAUAUAGGAUCGGAGCAUUGGGGUUCUUGAACAGCGGGACAGGCGAGGACGACGCUAAAGGGAACUAUGGACUCCUGGACCAAAGGCUAGCUCUGGUGUGGGUUAGCGAGAACAUCAGGUUGUUCGGUGGCGACCCUGAUAAGGUCACAUUGGCUGGACAAAGCGCUGGAGCACAAUCUGUCAUUUUUCACACGGUUUCUGAAGGUUCGUCACGCUACUUCCGCUUCGCCAUUAUUGAGAGCCCGCCUCUAUCACUACCUUACCAAGCACCUAAGGUAGCAAUCAGGCACGCCCAGGCAUUCUCAGAGAUCCUAGGAUGCCUCGAGCAGAACUCAACGACCGUGAACAUAUCCUGCCUACGCCAGAAGCCUGUGAAGGACAUCUUGGAAGCUCAGAAAAAGGCCGACGAAGACCUUGGUUUUUUCCAGAAGCUGGAGCCAUGGUGUCCGGUGACGGAUGGACAGAUUGUCACUGCGGAGAUGUUAGCUUCUUUGAUAACCUACGCUUCAAGCAACAAGACAAAGAAGCCAAUCAUUUGGAGCUUUACAGCGGAAGAAGCCGUAUUAUAUGUCAACAGUAUAGCGAGUAGCCCUGUGCCCGAGUUUCUCUAUAGAAUAGUACUGGGCACUCUACUGAUGUCAACCCCGGAUACGGUUACCCAGCUGUACCCGGCGACAAACCCCAACGAUACCCGCUACGAUCUAGCAGUUUUAUUUACAGACGCCAUUUUUAGAUGUCCGAUUCGGCAGAUGGCUCAGUUGCUAGCUCAAGCAGCACGAAGCAACAGGGUAUGGGUUUAUAAAUGGGCCAAAUCAUUAGCAAAUCAGCUGCCAGAAUAUUUUUCAUUCUGCACGGACAGGUCGUGUCAUGGCGUGACAAUUCCGUACUUCUUCCAGAGUUUUAAGGCAGCUUUAGGAAACGCUAGCGAUGAAGACAUUAGAAUGAGCAACGCUCUAAUAGAUUACUUAACCAAUUUUAUUAAAUUCGGAGAUCCCAAUGGAGAGAAACAGCUGGGAUAUUACAACAACACCGCAAACAACCACGGUACAGGCAGCUCUUUAGAAACGUCGUUAAUAUACUGGCCAACGGUCAAUGGCGGUCAGCCAAAUGUUACCACACAGCUUCUGUUCACAGCAGACGCACGGCUGGAAGUGACCAGUCAAACGACGGACGAACGAUGCCAGGCUUGGGACAGCACACAUUAUUCUUUACGUUGA